CUGGGCGCGGCUCCUCACUAAAGCUCUUUGAAUAUUUAAUCAGGUCUGAAGCCGGACACAAGGAUUGCGCCGUUAAACACGGAGCAGCGAGGCAGCUGGACCUCUCAGCAUUGCAGCACUCGCAGCUAGACAGACAGACCCAGCCCCGCUCCGCCGGCUGCUUCGCAUUCUCUUCUGCUCUUUCAUCCGGCAGCAUCUCGCCCCACCUCUAACUAACAUGGCUAGCACCGUAUCAGCCUACAAGGAGAAAAUGAAGGAGAUGUCCAUGUUGUCUCUCAUCUGCUCCUGUUUCUACUCACAGCCACAUCCCAACAGCAUCUACCAGUAUGGAGAUAUGGAAGUGAAACCAAUUAACAAGCGGGCCUCUGGGCAGUCAUUUGAGGUGAUCCUAAAAGCCCCCAAUGACCUGUCCCCUGACCGCCCCCAUUCCCUCUGCUCUCCACCCAAAAAGAAGGACAUGUCCUUGGAUGAGGUCCAAAAGAGGCUGGAAGCCGCAGAGGAAAGGAGGAAGUCUCAGGAAGCUCAAGUGUUGAAGCAGUUGGCAGAGAAACGUGACCACGAAAGGGAUGUUUUGCACAAAGCUUUGGAAGAAAACAACAAUUUCAGCAGGAUGGCUGAGGAGAAGCUCAACUAUAAGAUGGAAAUCAACAAGGAAAACCGAGAGGCCCACUUAAAUGCUCUUAAGGAGCGGCUCCGUGAAAAGGAGAGGCAUGCAGUGGAGGUCCGCCGAAACAAGGAGAUUCAAGCAGAACUCUCUGGUUGAAGACAUUUUCUACAACUUUAACAAGAAAUUCAACAUCUGAAGAGUUUUGCCUAGAAAAAUGCAACUUUUUUAAACCUUUCUGUAUCAAAGCUCCUGCAUUGUUCUGCAUCUACAAUAUUAUUCUUUGUGCAAUAGGAAACAAUUUAUGAUUAGAAUAUAACUCCUAGUCCAUCCACGACUUACUACUCUGUCUUCUGCCUAUUCUGCCUCUUAAACCAUUAUUAAUUUAUCAAUUCAACCUUUAUGAUUGAUAACAGGUAAGGUUGUUUAGAUGUGCACCUCACUAACAGGAAUUCUAAUGUAAAGCUGGUAGCAGGAAGAGGCCACUUUCUAACAAAAAAUAAUUGUAAAUUGACGAGUCAGGAUUUUAAGAUUUGCACUGGGAUUUUGGGAAUCGAUGAUGGAUGAUAUUCCAUAGAUAUACAGACAGCACACAAAAUCACUGCAUUUGUGCUGAAUACAUCCCAGAGCCUCACCCCACAGGAAAGUAACUUGUGUUCUUAUUUCUAACCAC